GAGGCUGCUAUGAUUGUAAACGGGAACAUGACAACACAACGAUCCCUUGCGGCCAAAAAACAAACCGGCACACCGAUUCCUCCCCCCUGCCUGCUCCCGAGCUCUGCCCAUCCGGGCCUGUAACUUACCUAUAGAGAAUGAGAGCAUCACGUGUCAGGCUGUUCAUCUAUUAACUUAGAUGUGUGUUAUCCGCAUAAGUCACGAGACCUGGAGGCAUUCAUCGCCAGAGAUAGCCUAUUUAUCUUCGUGUACACUUAAGUAUCUUCGUUUAGUUUAUAACUGUCGUUUUAAAUUUAUCCUUAUAUAAAAAUAAAUAUACGUAUAUCCUUAUACACUUUGUAGUACCAUGUAUAACUCGGAGAGGGUCCCUGAAACAAGUAUCGAUCAGAACCAAACUAAUGGAUGCAGAAGUGAUGUGGACUCUGACAAGGCAGAUCAAUAUAAAGCAGACCCCACUGAUUCAAUCCCAAGAAGACCUUCCAGAAGAAUCGUUCUUCACUUUGAUCUCAACAACACAAUCCUUGUAUCUAAAGGAGUCACAAGACAAAGAACUGUAGCUGCUCUUGAAUACUUCCUGUCCACUGUGACCUGGGGGCGCAUGACCAAAGGUAAAUGGCAGUGGUUGUCAGAAGCACCAUCUCUCCUCCAGCCUUGUGAGGGUGCCAUCACAUACUACACACAGUUUGGCCGAGUGGCAGACUUCACCACCGUAGGCCCAGGCCGACAGUUCCGGAAGGUCCUGGAGGAACAUCUAGAGCUGCUCCAAUGGCCGUCAGACAUCCCUGCAGAUAAAGAGCUGUCUGUUAAGGGAGAAGAUGGGAAGCUGUAUCACUGGAUCCUCCCUUCCUUCUUCCAGAUGCUGCAGGACUUGGCUUCACAAGGUGUGGAGUUCUCCGUCCUGUUCCGUACAUUCGGCUCAGAUCUGCCCCGUGUUCUGAAUGCCGUCAAGCGUGUUGUACAGCAGGGCUCACAUCCACUCUUCCCCGACCUCCCAGCUCUGAAGCUGAGGGUGAAUUCGUCCGCCGGACGCAUCAGGUGCAGCGGUAAAGGCACAACACUGAUUCGUGGAGAAGAACACUUGUCCACAAGGGAUGGAGAACGGCAUGUUUACCAGUACCUGAGCUCUGCUGAGGGUCUGGGUGGCUUCCAAGACCACUUUGGCUGGUGGGCACGGAACACGUACUCCAUUUUAGGAGGAAAGCCACUCUGGAUUGACCCUUUUGACAACAAAGUUCAGCAUAUCUUCAUUGAUGACAAUAUUCGACAAAACGAUGAAGACUCUAUUGUCCUUCCUAAGGUGUUUCUGGAGCCUGAGGGCUUGCAGACUCGAACAGCCUCCGCAUCAGAGCUGUAUGAUCUGUGUCUGAUACAGAACGACCUGCUGAAGGCCAUUUCUGAGCCUAGGUAUUUCACCCAACGCAUCCAGAUCUGCAUGAAGAACUAUGAGGGGAACAGCCAAACAGGGUAGCCAGAUGAAGCUCAAGUCAAGUCCGAGUCGGUAAAAUGAUCCAAAUUUCCCAUCAUUAAUUUGCGUACUUUGAAUUGAGAAACGCACGCAGACCUACAUCACCAGACUAUUUGCCUAAUCUUCACAGAGCUUUAGACCACAGUGGAAAUGCAGACAGCAACAGGUCUGGGGAGAAUAGUUCCUGGUUCAAAUGUUCAUUAUGUUAUUUCAGUGGAAAUGUGGCAAUAGUUAAGGGUCAUGUUUUUCCCCAAAGAUCUAACAAUCAUAAACAGCACAUGCCAUAGUUGUAUGUAGAUGUUAUUAUAAAGGAACAAAGAUAGUGUGACCAACAACAUUCUCGGGAACAUUCAAGGGUAGUUUUUUGUAUUAUUUUUAUUUUGAUGCAUUUAUUUUGAUGACAAAAUUAGUUGAAUAUCAAAACGCUUGAUAUCUGUAGACAUAUUUUGUGAAAUUUAUUUUCUCCUUUUUUUGCACACAUAGUUUGAAACCCUUUUGAUUUGCUCUAACAUUAAUUUGAAUCUGAGACUAACUAAAUGUUCACUGGAUUGAGUUGCUCAGAGUUUACAUUAAUGCGGUUUUAGAUGUAGUUAUUUAAAUCACAUCCUCCUCUCUAGGUACAAUGUUCUGAGGUAAAACUUUCUUUUGAUUAAAACUUUUAAUUUCUAAAACAAUGUCUAAUCAUAUUCAAAUUUUCCAACAAUAAUUAAUGUGUUUUGAUUCCAGUGGAAUGCAGUUUUUCACUUUGAUUUUUGCAUCCAUUUUCUCUCACCGUGAUUGGAGGAUUAAUCUACUGAAGCUCGUCAUCUCACAGUUACUGCUUUAGUGUGUUUUGCUACUUAAUGCAUUAUUUAUGAUGGCUAUUUUGAAGUAGGUUAUUUUGUUUUAUGAUUUGUCAUGGUAAAAUUUUCAUUUGAAGAGAGUUGCAAAAUGUAUUAGCUAUUGGCCCAUGUGUUAGGGAUAUAGGGAAUACUGCCAUCUGCAGGUUAAAGGAAAAACUUUAGGAAUUAGAGUAAAAGAAAGAAAGUGCAAUGACCACAUAUCGGUACAUCCAGCAGAGGUCCAUAGGGACAUAUUCAUUUUCAGAUCGGUUUCAAGUCAAUUUCUCUUCAUGUUUCAACUUCUCACAACUUUAUGAUUUAUAUUUUGUGAAUAUAUAUUUAAACAUUCAAAAAUAUAUAUAUAUAAAAAAAAACAUUAUAUAUUUGUCAAAGAUUAGAAUGUCUUGUUGUUGUCUGACAUCUCUUGAAUUGUCUGCUUUUGUUUAUGUAAAUAUAAAUUAGGUUACAUAAAUUUGCAGAAAUCUCUCUCUCUGUGUGUGUGUGUGUGUGUGUGUGUUAUGUCUACCCCUUCACAUUGUUAUGCAUUUAUGUUCUGUGCAUUUUAUUUGCCAAAAUCUAAAAAAAAUGGCCUGGACACCUACAGUAUGUCACCAGGGCCGGCCCUGACCAAUUUGCUGCCCUAGGCAAGAUUUUACCUGGCGUCCCAUGCAUCACAGCCCAUUUCACCCUGUCAUUGUGUUCAUGAUUUAGCAUAUAUAUAAAUAUAUAUACAGAA